GUAAUGAUCCUCACCUGCCUAACAAGAUAUUGGAUCCUCAAUAUCUAAGUCGGGUAUCAGAUACAUAUAGGGAUCUUCAACAAAUAAUACAGAGACAUGGGCCAUGGGUUUCUGCUUGGGUAGGUGAAGCUGGUGGUGCCUACAAUAGUGGUGGUCAUCUUGUGUCAAACACAUUUUUGAACAGCUUUUGGUAUUUGGAUCAGCUAGGAAUGGCAUCUAAAUUCAACACCAAGACUUACUGCAGACAAAGUUUAGUUGGUGGGAACUAUGGUCUCCUUGAUACCGAGACAUUUAUACCAAAUCCUGACUACUACAGCGCACUGUUGUGGCAUCGGCUUAUGGGGAAGGUAGUUCUUUCUGUGGAUAACAAUGGGUCUUCCUUCCUACGUGCUUAUGCUCACUGUGCCAAAGAAAAGGCUGGAGUAUCUUUGGUCCUAAUCAACUUGAACAACACUGAGUUCAGAAUCACAGUCCAAAAGGUGAUGAAAAACAAAAUGAACGAGGAUUAUGAAACUAAGAAUAAUGGCUCUCUUUCUGAUGGUUUGAAGAAGAUGGCUUCCCGGAUUGGAAUGGAAGCACCCUCCAGCUCAAUCAAGCGAGAAGAGUAUCAUCUAACAGCAAAAGAUGGUAACCAUAGAAGUAGAACAAUGUUGCUAAAUGGAAGAACUCUGGAACUUUCUGAAGAUGGACAAAUUCCAGAUUUAGUUCCUUCCUAUGUAUACAGCAAUUCGCCAAUUAUAGUAGCUCCUCUCUCCAUUGUAUUUGUUGUGAUUCCAAACUUUGAUGCUGAAGCUUGUUCAUAACAACAUAUAUAUAGUUCCUGCCAUGUACCUUCUGAUGCCAAAGAGAGCUCUAUCUAUGUAACAAUCUAAUUUUAUGUUUAAAUCACAAAUUGCUCUAAGAUUAAGUAAUAUUGUGGUGUAGACACAUCAAGUUGUGAUGUCAUUUUUUUGAGAAGAAGCUGGUCUUUAAACGCC